ACUGAUCAAUUCAAACAAGACUCAACCAAAAAAUUACAAACAAGGCCCAAAUUGAAUUACGGAGUACAAACAAGGCCAAACUAGUCAAUUUCUCCCUCACCCACCAAUACCCCACCAAAACCCCUUCUUUCAUUUCCUACCCUUCUCAAACAACAACUUCAGAAAUUCAUAGAAAUGAAUGCGCAAUCGCAAACACCCCCAAUCCCCAACAUAACCACCCACCAAGCCCAAUCCCAAGCCCAAACACGAGCUCAAAAAUGGAACUGGCCAUCCGCCAUCAUCGGCGCAACAACGGCGGCAGCUACGGCGGCGCUAAUAACCGCCCGACCACGUGACCCAGCUUUCGAGGUUAUCUCCAUCGACUUAACAGCCUUCAAAUUCAAUUUCCCAGCUUUAGACGCCGAACUCAUCCUAACCGUCCACGUCAACAACCCCAACAUCGCAGCCAUCCAUUACGACUCAACCACCAUGUCUAUCUUCUACGACGGCGCACUCCUCGGCUCAGCUCAGAUGGAAGCUGGGUCCCAGCCGGCUCGCUCUUGUCGGCUUCUCCGGUUUCCGGCUCGGCUUAGUGGGUUGGAGCUGAUGGCUAACCAUGCUAGACGGUUUUUGGCUGACGUGGCGAAGAGAGAGAUGGUGAUUGAUGCUGCUGUUGACGUGGAUGGUGUAGCGAGAGUUUUGUGGUGGGACCAUAAGUUUAGAGUACACGUGGAAAGUCGUGUGUCCGUUGAUCCUGUUUUUCUUGAUGUUAUUGAUCAGGAAAAUAAAUCUCAGAUGGACCUUUUUGUUUCUUGAUUGAUUGAAUUUUAUUGGUGUAAUUUACUUAUUUAAUUAAUUAUUUGAUUAGUUUUUUGUGUGAAUGAGAAAAUGUGUGGGGUGGGCAGUGUUUAAAUUGCCCUAUCCAAAUUGGACUAUUUCAAUCCUACGGGUAUUUUCCUUAAUUUUGUUUUGUUUGUAGUA